AUGCUUGGUAAAUCAUCAAUUCGAGCUUGGAAUUUUUCUCUGGACAUCUCUGAGCAAUCAACACGCGAGGCUGAGCCUGAUGUUGGGCUCAAUCAGCUGUUCCAUCAUUUUGUGAAAAAAGGCCGCCAAGCGGCGGUGUUCUGGCGUGUGCCUAAUGAAUACGAGAUGUUAGAUGUAACUAAAGGACGAACUUCAUCCCAAUCAGCCAAUGAGCUGGACGAUGGUUUGGCGAAUUCUUCUGGACGGUGGAGGUCCUUCCACGCUUCUCCUGCGCGAGUUGCUGCCAGAGAGCCUGUGCUUAAAUUGAUGACCAGGCUAGUUACCAGGCCAGGUUGGGCGUUCUUGAUACCCCGCGCUGUGGGUUGGGUGAGCCCUGAUCAAGCGAGACCGGAUGAGAUGCGUAGUGUCCUGUCAAAUCGUACAGGAUCUGCCCUCUGUGAUGGAUGGCAGAUCGAUGAGGAGAGCAAAAGAGCGGCGGAUGAGGAGGAACAAUAAGCUAUAUAACUAAACAAUAAUAAUAAUGAGGGGAGAUUCUUUUGCGAGAGGUUUUGGAGUGAUUUGUGUGUGGUGUGGAGAAUAAAGUGCGGCUCCGCGUUUGAGGCGCAAGUUGCAAUCGAAACCUCAUUCAACACUUCUUCUUGUCCCAACGCCAGUGACGCCACAGCGAAGUGAACCCUGGAGUUGAAAUGGGCAGCUUUGUUUUAAUACGCUGUAAUGACAGCUCCCCGGCAUCGCCGACCCUUCAGGAAGCAAGAGGGCACUCGGAGCCAAAAACAGACCUCUUCCUUCUGAUGUUGUGCUCUGUUGGGAAAUUUCCGUAGGCAGUGUUUCCGAUGACUGGGGAGAACAAGCCUCAUCAAUCAUCUGGAUCAAGCUUUGAUCUGUUUUGAUUCAAGUGCUUGAAUCACCUGCUGUGCUUAUGGCAGAAGACUCAGGAUUGCAGAGACGGGAAUCGCAAUCGCAAUAUGUUAUGUAUGUAUAUGAUAUCAGCAGGCAGCACAAAAGACAAAUAUCAUUCCCUCCAAAUACUCAUUGUGUCAACUCUUACGCAGGAUCACAUGUAAAUUCAUCAUUGCUGAAAUGCGGUGCGGUCAACAAAGGUAAACUAUAACUAUCAGAAGCGCAAAAUAUAUUCGAGGCAUGGAGCCCUGUCGCAAUAGAAAGUGGCCGACAAGAUGUGAUGGAUAUUCCCGAUAUCUUAUUAAUGCCCGGCAAUACGUUAAAAACGAAACAGUAGAGGACAUAAAAUGAAAUAGCCGACGAACGAGAGCGGUAAAUGCAAAUGGAAAAAGAUACAAGAAAAUGCGUCUUUCUUCUUCAUUUUGUCUCUGAUCUAAUGAGAAGUAAUUGACUUAUAGUAAUCCGGGGAUGAAACGUGCACUUUUUCUUUACCACCUUUUGAGAAACAUGAGGCCACUUGAUGAGACUCCCCAAAGACUCGCAUGCUAGAUUACCCUGGUGGUACUGGAUGCAUUGCAUGAUAUCCGCAUGUUUGUUGGAGACAAUGGCAGAUGUACGGAGUAAUUAGGGCUAGUUUAAUAAAUUAUACCAAUACGAG